UUUUUCGAUAUUCCAUAUAGUUUCGCGGAAAAUCGCGGUUUAGUAAGAUGCGGUGUAGUCGAAAACGGCUGGUUGGAUUUUAACGCGGUUUUAACCAAAAUAUGGUAAAUAAUUGUGUUUGUCGAAUCCUCUUAUUGGGUUUUCAAAGUUUUGUUCCCAUAAUUUUUUUAAAACAAUUUAGGCGUGCUAUAAAUUAAAAAGAAAUAGAAAUAAGCCAUGCGGGGGGAGAGGGGUUCCGUUCGGUUAUAAAAAGUGGUGCUGGUUGUGUUCCAGACUGGUUUCGACUUGGCGUACUGAAGUUUGAAGGGAUUCCGGUAGUUCCGUCUCAGAAUGUAACAGACGCUCAAGACGCAUUGCGCGCCCUGGAAUAUUUUUCGUAUAAUUAUUUUGUAUCUGUUUGUAAUAUUUAUUUAUUUCAUUUCACCUUCGCGCGUAUUUUUUUCAAUAUCUUACAAUAUAUUACAUGGUAUAUGCGUGAAUGGUAAAGGUAAAAUGAAAUAAACAAAUACUACAGAAAAAUACAAAAUAAUUAUACAUAUACAUAUACGGUGUGUGUUUUUAUGUGAGAAAUAUAUUUAAAUACACUAUAAUUGAAAGUUCCCGUAAUAUUGAACAACUAUGGUUACUAUUCCACGUGAAUAAACGUAAAAUUAUUUUGGGAGUUGUUUAUCGUCCUCCCAAUUUUCCAUGUAGCAUUUUUUUGAUGAACUUGAGAAAACUAUCUCUCUGUGUUUGCAUCUUAGUGACGAGAUUAUAGUCUGUGGUGACUUUAACAUUGAUUUUCUUAAUUCUCAAAAUAUGAACACUGAGGCCUUGAAAACGCUUUUUUCAUCCUUUGAUGCUAGACAGUUGAUUAAUGAGCCAACUAGAAUUACUCGUACUUCGUCUAAAUUGAUUGAUCUUCUUUUUGCCUUCUGUACGGUGGAUGUCAGACAUUCGGGGGUUAUUGCUUCUCAGAUUUCUGAUCACGAUAUUAUCUUUUGUGUGUUAUCGUUAGCUGAAUCUUUCUCCACAGGUUCUUGUAGGGUCAGGAGAAGUCUGGAUACGAUCGAUGUAGCAGGUUUUAGGGAAUUUUUAAAGCAAAUUUCUUUUAACCAUAUUUUUUUUAUUGAGGACAUUAACGAGAAGCUUCCUUUUCUCAAUAAUGGCAUUCUUUCUGCCUUUGAGGUUUUUUCACCUGUGGUGUGUAGACCGAAAAGCAGUAGGAUAAGACCACCCUGGCUCACUGACAACUUAAAAUUUAUGAUCUCAUUGCGAGAUAAGGCGAAAGCGAACUUUAAGAAGAAUCCGUCUUCCGCUAGAUGGGACUAUUAUAAGUCUCUGCGGAACUUAACGGCAUUUACUGUGAAGGCAGAGAAAAGAGCUUAUUUUCGUCAUAUUGGUAAUAUGCGUGACAGAAGACAAUUGUGGUUUAAACUAGGGUCACUUAGUUUGAAAAAGAAGUCAGUAUCUGGUAUCCCUGAUGCUUUAAAAAAUGUUAAUGAACUGAAUGAUUACUUUCUUAAGAGUAUCUCUGAUAUUCUUGAUUCAAUGCCUCUUGAUCAAUCGGUUUUGGAUUUUUAUACUAGUUUGCCUAAUAAUGGAGGUGUUUUUGAAUUUUCUACUGUUUGUCCUACUUUGGUCGAGAAACUUGUGUAUGAUUUAAGGUCAUGUUCUGAGGGUAGUGAUGGUAUUAGCGCCGAUAUGAUUAAGCUUGCCUGUCCAGUCAUUUUACCUUAUUUCACACAUAUAUUAAAUGUCUGUAUUGCAGAGGGGAGGUUUCCGGACAUUUGGAAGCAUGCUCUAAUUAAACCUAUUCCUAAAAAUCAAAAUCCUACCAGUUUUAGUCAUCUGAGACCUAUUAGUUUAUUGCCAGCUUUUUCAGAUUCUGGAGAAGAUACUAAAACAGCAACUUGUGGAAUAUCUUCAUGAAUUUAAUUUACUUCCGGAAUUUCAAUCAGGUUUUAGAAUGAGUUUUAGUACUACUACUUCAAUGAUGGCGCUUAUGGAUAAGCUGAUUACUGCGAUUGAUCAGGGUAACGUUGCUAUUCUCACUCUGCUAGACUUUAGUCGUGCAUUUGAUACUGUGAAUUAUACCAUUCUUUUGUCGAUUCUUUCGUCAAUUGGCUUUGAUUCGACUGCUCUAAACUUAAUUAGUGCAUAUCUGAAUGGUAGAUCACAGUCGGUUGUUAUUGAUGGGGUGGCAUCCGAGUGUCGUGAGGUUAUCUCCGGGGUUCCACAGGGCUCUAUUCUGGGACCGAUUUUGUUCUCCAUUUAUACAGCUCAUCUUUUUGAUCGGAUUCAACAUGGUACACAGUAUGUUGUUGGUUCACUCCUUUCAUCCCUCCCAAUGGCGGGAGGCUAUUUGUCGUAUCAAUACUGAUCUCCAUUGUGUUUAUGAGGCAUCCACUGCACACUGUCUGAGGAUCAAUCCUGAUAAAUCGGCGGUCAUGAUCUUUGGGAAUACAAAAUUCACUUCAAAAGUGGCUCGGCCCUUUGGUAUUGUCAUGAAUGGUACGAAAUUACCUGUAGUUGAUAGUCAUAAAAGUCUUGGUUUGGAAAUUGAUAGUUCUUUUAGAUAUUUGUUAAAAACGCUUAUUUCGCCCUCAGGCUACUUUUUCCGCAUAGGUCUUACUUACCCAUAGAUGUCAAGCGGAUGUUAUGCGAUGCUCUUAUUUUGUCUCAAUUUAAUUACAUGGUUCCUGUAUACCAUCCAGCGUUAACUGCUUUUGAUUCAAAUAGAAUCCAAAAAAUUCAAAACUGUUGUUUACGUUUUAUUUAUGGCAUACGAAAAUAUGACAAGAUAUCUCAUAAGUUAGUUGACGCUGGAUGGUUGUCGAUCGGGAACAGAAGAGUGCUUCAGACAUUGGUGGUUUAUCAUAAACUAAUGUUGAGUAAGACUGCAAGUUAUUUAUAUAGGAGGAUUAAUUUUAGAAGUAACGUUCAUAAUCGAUUGACUAGGUUUAUUUCCUUUAUUUCUCCACCUGUCCAUCGCACGGGUUUGUUUGAGAGAUCUUUCUCAUACCAUGUUUACAAAUCCUAUAAUUUUAUUUCGAUGGCUGAUAGGAAGUUAAGUGUAUCGACGUUCAGGUCUCGGUUAUUUGAAAGAUUAUUCAGAUGUCAGUGUGCUUCUCUGUUGCAAGAGGUCCCGAUAUCAUUUUUCAUAUAAUUUUUUUUUGUGUUUUGUGUUUGUUACGUCUUCUUAAUACCUCUUUUUGUUAUCGAGGUCCAGAUGGAAGAACAGGAUUUUAUUUUCCUGAAUCUGCGCCUCGUGAAUUGCUUGCCGCACUAUGCUAUAAUAGCUCUCUUUUGUUUAGAUAGGUUUAUUUUGUAUCUUUUUUUUUUCUUUCGAAUCAUUUAUUGUUUUUAUU